CCUCUCUCACAUGUUCCCUACUUCCUGGAUGGAAGAAUGGAUAGGUUCCAGCACGAACAACUAUUCUCUUUCCGCAAGAACCGCUACAUGGACUACUACUAUAGCUAACUAGACUCGUCCUGCCUUUCCCCCCUCCCUAAAUAAGUGAGCUAAUUACUGGCUUAAUGAGAAUAGCAGUCACAUUUUUCUUUUGGAUUAUGGAGAAGGUGGAUGCAUGCAGGCGGUUUUGAGAAGCAAUAAGUGUUUCUCUGCCGUUAGCAUAUAACUUAAAAUAUUCCUCUGGACAGAGAGGUGAACAUUUGUUGCAAUCAAGUUAUUUUCAUCUGGCGCCUGGGUUGAUUUAGCUACAAAUUUAGCUACAUUUGCCGCGUUCGUCCAGUUUGUGGUUUUAGAGGUUUAACUUUGUCAGCAGUUGCCUUUUGCUCUCGAUGAGCAUUGUGACAUGCAGAGACUACUGGAAUCGUGUUGUUGGUGGAUCUUGUCUCUGAUUUUAUCUGCCUUCGUGCUCUUCUGGGCCGACUGUCACCCCGCUCUGACGGAAGGUCAGCCGGGGUCGUCGGGAGCAUGGGGUGAUGGGAAGGUGGCCGAGGCGAGAGACAGGAGAGCGGCGGAGGAGUCCUAUUGGGCGUACUCAGGGACUUACGGGCCAGACAGCUGGGCCUCCACCAAUCCUGAGUGUCGAGAGAGGAAUCAGUCCCCCAUUGACAUCAUGGACCAGGACACUCAAACCUCUGAAGAAUACCAAGAGCUCACUCUGGAUGGCUUUGAGAUGGAGUCUUCAAAUAAGACCUCAAUGAAGAACACAGGAAAAACAGUGGCCAUCCUGCUGAAGGAUGAUUACUUCGUCAGGGGGGCAGGGCUGCCGGGGCGCUUCAAGGCAGAGAAAGUGGAGUUUCACUGGGGCCAGAGCAACGGAUCGGCCGGGUCCGAGCACAGCAUCAACGGCAGGAGGUUCCCCGUGGAGAUGCAGAUUUACCUGUACAACUCGGAUGACUUUGACAGCAUCAGCGCAGCCAUUCGAGAGCAGAGAAUAAUCGCCGCCAUGGCCGUCUUCUUCCAGGUCGGACUGAAGGACAACCCAGCGGUGGGCCCCAUCAUCGCUGGCCUGAGGGGCGUGGUCCAUCACGAGAAGGAAACUCUGCUGGAUCCCUUCAUCCUGAGAGACCUGCUGCCGUCCUCGCUGGGCAGCUACUACCGCUACACCGGCUCCCUGACCACGCCCCCCUGCAGCAAGGUGGUGGAGUGGAUCAUCUUCAGCAGGCCCGUGCUCAUCUCUCACAGACAGCUGGAGGCUUUCUACUCCAUCUUCACCACCGAGCAGCAGGACCACGUCAAGUCUGUGGAGUACCUGAGGAACAACUUCCGGCCUCUGCAGGACCUGGACAACCGCCUGGUGUAUAAGUCUGCCAUCAAGGACGCCUGGCUGCCAGACCUGACGGAUGGAGUGGGGAACCCACACGGCACGGAAGCUUCCAGAGUGUGCAGCAGCGCCCCCAUAAACAUGAAGGUCCACCCGCUGAACAGGACCGCGCUGGUGGUGACCUGGUCUCGACCGCUGACGGUUUACCACCCCAUCGUCAGCUUCAUGGUCUCCUACAGCUGGACUAAGAAUGAGGAGGCGUACGAGAGGACCUUCAGCAAAGACAUCGACCAGGACCUGGAGGCUGUCAUCACACAGGUGUCUCCUGACGUGCUGUACCUCUUCAGAGUGCAGGCCGUGUGUCAGAGGGACCUGCGCAGCGAUUUCAGCCAGACCCUUCUCUUCAGAGCAAAUACCACCAGGAUAUUUGAGGGGACAAGAAUAGUGAAAACUGGAAUGCCCACAGUAUCUCCAGCCUCUUCUGCAGACAUGGCCCCCAUCAGCUCGGGCUCGUCCACCUGGACCUCCUCCGGCCUCCCCUUCUCCUUCGUCUCCAUGGCGACAGGGAUGGGCCCUUCGUCCAGCGGCAGCCAGGCGACGGUGGCGUCCGUGGUAACCAGCACCCUGCUGGCAGGCCUGGGCUUCAGUGGGGGGGUCCUGUCCUCCUUCCCCAGCUCCGUUUGGCCCGCCCGAACCACACCCUCCAGCCCCGCCUCGCCCCCCACCCCCGCCCCCAGCCCCAGCCGCCAACCCGCCGCCAAACAGCCAGCGGCCUCUCAGAGCCCCGACGCCGAUGCCGCCGCCGGCAAAGACAGCGACGGCGCCCGCGAGGGCGAGAAGGGGCAGGAGGGGGAGAGGGAAGGAGAGGAGGAAGACGAGGAAGGCGAGGACGAGGAGGAAGUGAGGACGAAGAAGGACAAAACGGCGCCGGGGGACGCGGAGGCUCGAGCGAACGAUACCGUCGCCCGGGAGAACGCCACGGCGACCGCCCCGACGUCCACCGCCAAAGAGAAAACGCCGGAGUCCGGCGCGGCUCCGACCGCCGCUGCUGGGGAGGACCAGCUGGCGAAGGGCAGUCAGAGCCCCGCGCAGGGGAGUGUGACGCCCCCUACCUGGGAACCUGAGAAUGACACGCUUGAGAUCCAGCUUCCCAACAGCCCCACGCUGACCAUUAAGACUGGAGGAGGAGAGAGGAGUCACUGGCCUUUCUCAGUUCACACAGAGAGGAACAGCAUCUCCAACAUGACUAGGAAUCCCGUCCAUGGGGUCAGCAGGGUGGAAUGGAUCAUCCCCCUGGUGGUGGUCUCUGCCCUGACCUUCGUCUGCCUCAUCCUGCUGCUGGCUGUGCUGGUGUACUGGAGGAGGUUUUUCCAAACGGCUCACUUUUACGUGGAAGACAGCAGCUCCCCUCGCGUGGUGCUCAAUGAGAGCAUCCCUGUCAUUCCUAUUCCAGAUGACACAGAGGCCAUUCCUGUGAAGCAGUUUGUGAAACACGUCAUGGAGCUGUACUCAAACAACCAGCACGGCUUCUCUGAAGAAUUUGAGGAGGUUCAGCGCUGUACGGCUGAUAUGAAGAUCACAGCCGAGCACUCCAACCACCCCGACAACAAACACAAGAACAGAUACAUCAACAUCAUGGCCUAUGACCACAGCAGAGUUAAGUUACGGCCUCUGGCCGGAAAGGACUCCAAGCACAGCGACUACAUCAAUGCCAACUAUGUGGACGGCUAUAACAAGCCAAAGGCCUACAUCGCGGCACAGGGCCCUCUCAAGUCCACUUUCGAGGACUUCUGGAGGAUGAUCUGGGAGCAGAACACGAGCAUCAUCGUCAUGAUCACCAACCUGGUGGAGAAAGGGAGAAGGAAGUGCGAUCAGUACUGGCCCUCAGAGAACAGCGAGGAGUACGGCAACAUUGUGGUGACCCUGAAGAGCACCAAAGUGCACGCCUGCUACACACUUCGCCACUUCCUCAUACGGAACACCAAAGUAAAGAAGGGUCAGAAAGGGACCCCGAAAGGGCGUCAGAACGAGCGUGCCGUGCUGCAGUAUCACUACACCCAGUGGCCCGACAUGGGCGUGCCCGAGUACACGAUGCCCGUCCUCACCUUCGUCAGCCGCUCGUCCGCCGCCCGGACCCCGGACAUGGGCCCUGUACUGGUGCACUGCAGCGCUGGGGUGGGCAGGACGGGGACGUACAUGGUGAUUGACAGCAUGCUGCAGCAGAUUAAGGAUAAGAGCUCUGUCAACGUCCUGGGCUUCCUCAAACACAUCCGCACUCAGCGCAACUACCUGGUCCAGACCGAGGAGCAGUACAUUUUUAUCCACGAUGCCUUGCUGGAAGCCAUUCUGGGCAAAGAGACGGAGAUCCCAGCUUGUCAGUUCCACAGCUACGUCAACAGUAUCCUAAUGCCAGGCCCAGGGGGCAAAACUGGCUUGGAAAAACAGUUCAAGCUGGUGACGCAGUGCAAUGCCAGAUUUGUCGAGUGCUUCAGCGCGCAGAAAGAGCUCAACAAGGAGAAGAACCGAAACUCCUCUGUUGUGCCCUCGGAGCGAGCCAGAGUGGGUCUGGCACCACUACCCGGAACAAAAGGAACGGAUUACAUCAAUGCUUCUUACAUAAUGGGUUACUACAGGAGUAAUGAGUUCAUCGUUACGCAGCAUCCUUUGCCCCACACAACAAAGGACUUCUGGCGGAUGAUCUGGGACCACAAUGCACAAAUUAUUGUCAUGCUCCCAGACAACCAGGGCUUGGCGGAAGACGAGUUUGUCUACUGGCCGAGCCGAGAGGAGGCCAUGAACUGUGAGGCCUUCACCGUCACGCUAAUCAGCAAGGACCGCCUGUGCCUCUCCAACGAGGAGCAGAUUGUUAUCCAUGACUUCAUCCUGGAGGCCACUCAGGAUGAUUAUGUACUGGAGGUGCGUCACUUCCAGUGCCCGAAAUGGCCGAACCCAGAUGCUCCAAUCAGCAGCACUUUUGAACUUAUCAACGUGAUCAAGGAGGAGGCCAUGACAAGGGACGGACCAACCAUAGUGCAUGAUGAGUUUGGGGCAGUUUCUGCUGGAAUGCUGUGUGCUCUCUCCACCCUGUCCCAACAGCUGGAGAGUGAAAACGUGGUGGACGUCUAUCAGGUGGCCAAAAUGAUCAACCUCAUGCGGCCUGGAGUUUUCACGGACAUUGAGCAGUACCAGUACCUUUAUAAAGCUAUGCUCAGCCUGGUCAGCACCAAGGAAAAUGUGAUGGGCCUAAUGUCUUCAGACAGAAAUGGCACGGUGAUCAUCACGGACGAGUCGGAUCCUGCAGAAAGCAUGGAGUCGCUGGUCUGAAGAUGGCCGAGGUGCAGAGAGGCACUUAAAUUUGUUAAACAAAAACAAAGGACAAGGGCAGACUUUUUUCAAGGCCUUUUUUGCCAGACUCUUGCUUAAAUUAAUAACCUGAUUACUUUUUUACACUGAUAAAAAGUUUUUGAUAUUUAUUUUUGCCAUUUUUUUGGUUUUUGUUUUUGUCUUAAUGUUAUCCUACUGAGCGUUUGCACCUCUGUUUGAAGUUCACACAAAGAAGCAAGAAGCGCAGUUCUUUCUAGUUUGCACUAUAUUGCCAGUGUUACUGCCUAAAGAUGAUUCAGUUGGUGAUGUCCAUCAUCAAGACCUGAGUCAUUCUGCAGUGUGGCUCCGCCCCUUUUUUCCUUGGUCCGACUGUGAACAGGAAUCCCCAUGGUCCCACCUGCAGCUCGCUGUAUGGAGGAAGACAAUGGAUGAAGAUUUUGAAGCAGUUGACGUGAUUUCUUACCACUCCUGCUCCCAGUGCACCGUGUAUUGCAUUGCCAAGUCAUGGUGCAGAUUUUUUGGACGUACCCUUCUCUGAACUGGAAACCACAUGUUGAUCUUAUAAAUCCACCAUGUUAAUUCAUAUAAUAGCACCCUAAAACAAUAGGGUUCUCACUUUGCAUUCUAAUCGUAUAUCAUUUAACAUAAUCUCUCUGAUUUAUUUGUAAGUGAAUUCCAUAUUUAAUUUUUUUAUAGGUGGUAUUACAACAGCUACUGUGAACUUGAAUUCUUUUUCCCUGAGAUUUAUAUUGAUUUUUAAUAUAUAUAUAUAUAUACAUAUAUACAAACAAACAAAUAUAUGCUUACUCAUGUGAACAUGUGGUUUUGUAUAAGUGUUUGCCUUUGCUGAAGCCCCUCAACCACUUCUUUCCAGAACUGGUCCAAUGCUUUGACACACAACCGAGAUUACAUUUACUAUACGUUGAUUUCCUGUUUCCUGUCUGCCUUGUCUAGACUGUGUGGUCCUAAGGUCUUUCUGUUGCAUAUAUUUUGCUGCUGCCUGCCAAUGAUGGAAUUUCCAAUGUAUGGUAACCACGAACCAAGAGAACAGCCAGUGUCCUAUACAAUGUGAUGCACAUUUGGAUAAUCUCAUUAUCUCUGAAAAAAACUGCAAUUAUCAUUCUCCUUUGUGAGUGUUUAUCUUUCAUAUUUCAGUAUGAAAGUCAGGAAAAUUAUGUACCUCACACAGUGAAGUGUUAGUUAAACUCCAACAGUCUACACUGGAUAAAAACUCUAUCAUAGGCGAUUUACACCGAAGAUUUGUGUGAAUGUCAUUGAUCCUUGAUGGAUGGUGUAUUUCAAGGAUUUAUCCUUAACAACAGUCUGGCAGGCUGACCUUUGGUUGUGAUUUAUUUCAUACACACAGAGCUCAAAUUUGGUAUAUACCUUUUCUCCUGAAAUCCUGGGCAACUUUUCCUUUUUUGUGCUUAAGCAAAGCAGUUAUCCAAAAAUGAUGCUAGUCAAAGCACAUGAUAGUAUACUGUAACAUCAACAUUGCCUUGUUCUCUCUCUUCCUCUAACACGGAAUAUCGCUGGAUAUGUUCAUUUAGGGACAGACAGAGAAAGUGCAGCCUUGAUUGGAAAAAAACUAAGCUAUUCUUCAUACAGCACAAACACCGUGGUACAGUAAGAUUUGUCAUCCUUUAAAUCCGCAAACAAACAAAUUGGGGGAAAUGUAAUUUAGCAGUUUUACCAAAGAUACACACUUGUUUCAGUAAGGAAAUGGGAGCUGAUGUUUUUUCUGUAUCUGUGUUAGUGUCGAUUGUGUGGCUGAAUGAAAGGCGUUCCCAGGGAACAGACAACGUCACAGCGUUGCUGUGAUGUGCAGCGUUGCCACAGCAUUACAGCAAUGAGAAUGUUUGCAUUUUCUGGGAUGGAAAUUUCCAAUGUGAUUUGAGACGCUUUGUUUCCUGACAGAAAUUUGAUUGGGUUAGUGUGUUUUAUACAUACAAACUACCGCAAAUGUCCCUGCAUCUGCUUUUGUGUUUAAUGUUAUUUUAUAGUUAUUUUAACAAUUUCAGUACUUAAAUCUUAUUGAGAGCUUACCACCUCUGUUACUCUGUCAGGAUUUACUUUGAAGACAAUUAAAGAAACCAUUCUUCAUUUACCGCUGUCUGGAAUGAUAACUAGGCAGUACACAUGGGUAUUUUUGAGCCCAUUCUCAUCAAUAUCAUGCUAGGGUUUAUCUCAAAUGAAGGACUCUCCUUCGCUUUUUUCUCACAGAAGGACAUUCUCAAUGUCUGAAAAUGAACUCUUACAUCUAAUAAAUGAAGAGAGAUAUUUCAUUAAUGUUUUGUUUAUUUCUUCUCCUCAGAGGGAGGUUGUUAAAUAAAAUCACAGUUCUCCAACA